AGAUCUAUUUAAAUACUUGCAAAGUUGGCAAGUGGUCCACGUUACACGUUUUUUCGUUGAAAAUAUUUUAAACUUACCUGUAGCUUAGUGAGUUAGUUGCUACUUGACUCUUAACAUGCAAAAAGUGAUGCAUAUUUCGGCUUAACUUCAUUUUGGAAAAAGUGCUUAAAUUUUUUUUCACAAUUUCGAAAAGUGACAUACUUAAUAAUCAGUGUCGAAGGAAAAUUUUUCAACCGAACUUCUAACAGAAAACAGUUGAUAGUUACAGCCCUUCGGGGCCUCGGAUAACAGUGCCAACUACCAACUAGUUCAAUUUAACGAUAUAAAUACACGACUGAAAUAUGGAACAAUUCGAGCAACUACUUACAUGUGCCAUCUGCUUAGACCGCUAUAGAAACCCCAAGCUUUUACCAUGUCAGCAUAGUUUUUGUAUGGAGCCUUGUUUGGAAGGGCUAGUUGAUUACGUUAGAAGACAGAUAAAAUGUCCAGAAUGCCGCGCAGAGCACAGAAUACCGUACAACGGAGUCCAAGGAUUUCCGACAAAUGUCACCCUUCAACGUUUUCUAGAAUUACACAUCGAAAUAACGGGAGAAUUACCCGAUCCAACAAGCGGCCAAAUAAUGGAAAGAUGCAACGUGUGUUCGGAAAAAGCUUAUUGCAGCUUUUGUUCCCAUUGCGAUAAAAAAAUAUGUGAAGAAUGUAAAGGGGCACACAUGGAAAUACUACGAAGGGAAAUUUCCAGGAUAAACAAUCAAAUCAGACGAGGAAUUCAUAGGUUACAAGAUACGUUAACUUUAGUGGAAAAAAAUGCGCAAAGUAUGCAAAGUAAUUGUCUGUCAGUUGGUGAAGAAGUUGAAGAAAUAUAUAGAAGGCUAAAUAAAGCACUAAAAGAUCGUACUGAAUAUUUAAGAGGUGAAUUGGAUCGGUACUUGGGUACUGAAUUAAGAAGCUUAACAACUUUGAAAGAAAACCUGGAACAAGAAGUUUCUAAUAUCUUGAGUAACUGCGAUUUAGCUGACAAGCAUAUGAACGAAAAUGUUGAUAUAUGGGACGAUUGUGAACUGAUGGAUGCUAAAGAAAUAUUUUUAAAGACUGUAGAGUUUAUCAGAAAUUUUGAAUACGAAAAUACAGAUUACAGUAGAAAAGUGAGAUUAAUUUUAGCACAUGAUCCUAAUCAAUUGGUGCUUCACGUUGCUGGUUUCGGAGAGUUAAACUUACCCACACAAUCGCACUUCGGUCAAUCUUCUGGUCUACUUCAACCACCAGGACCUGGAUUAAUGAGAUCUAAGAGUGAUCACAGACUAGCGUCUCAGUUUAGACAACAGGAAGAACGAGGUUACGGAGAUCGAAGUUAUGGGGAUGAAGAUCAAGUUUUAAGCGGUAGAAAAUUUGGAGAGAGACCGAAAAGUACGGGCGAUAGCCGAUACGGACGGGGUGAUUAUGGGGAUGAUUAUGAUCACGAUAGUAGACCCACUAGAUCGAAAUAUAGCAGAUUCAGGAGACAUCAACCAACCGAUAACGAUUCUGAUACCGAACAAACUUCUAGAGUCAGAUUCAAUGAGCAUAAAGAAAGAGAAAAAGCGUUUGAUACGGAAGACGCAUCUAGAGGUCCUCUUAGUGGAAUCACUAGACUUGCAGACUCACCUAGGGUAAUGAAAAAAAUGCAGGAGUGGGAGACCGGAAAAUUGAAGAAAAAAGAAGAAGCUCCACCUCCUGCUCCAACCCAACCGAAAGUUGUACCCAAAAGACCACCUCCGCCUGCCGUAAGGCAAGUUAGCGAAGAAGACGAGAUAUCUAGAAUAAAGAAACAAAACAAAGGGGCAACUACAUCUACGGAAAAUACUACAGAGACAGCCAGAUCUGCUGCAGAAGAAAGGCAAAGGAAAACACCAGCCCCCGAGGCUGCCUCCAGCGCCGAAGAAAGCGAAGAAUCUUUGAGCUCUCUUCAACAAAGCCAAAGAAAAACGCCAACAAAGGCUACCGUACCAGUCACAACUAGACGACCAUCGGACGCAGGCCAUAAAAAAUCCACAAGAUCGGCUAGCUCCGAUUCGAAUACUUCUUCUGAAUCUUCAACAUCUUCAAGCGCUGUUCGAAAUACUGGAGCUUCAUUUACGACAGACGAAGUAAAGAAGAAGAUUCUCUCUAAAGUAGAACCGACCAAUACAAGUAAAAAAGUAUCUUCGCCAGUCCAAAACAAACCUUUCCAAAGUAGAUUUUUACAAAAUAAAAAUACAACAACUCCAAAAGAAAAAGAGGAAGAAACGGAAACAUCUUCGGAAGAAGAAGAAGAGACCGAAACUGAAGAAGAAGAAACCGAUGAAGACACUCAAAAAAACGAUAACAAAGAACUAGCAAAAUCUGAUAUAGGUCCACUUUUGGCCAGAAGCGCCAAUGCAAGAGAUAAUAGUGUCGAAAGUACUCGUAGAAAGAGUAGGGACGAAGCUGAAUCUCCGAUAAAAACUAGGUACGGCGUUACCAAGGAUGAACCAUCGAAAUAUACAAGAAGCAGGACCGCGACCGUCGUAGAAGACGAAACUCCGAGAUAUACAAGAAGCAGAACUUCGACUGUCGCUGAGGAGGAACCGUCAAGGUAUGGUUAUACCAGUAGAUUUUUAAGUAAAAGCAAAAGCUCCGCUGCUAUACCGCCCGAAGAUGAUGACUAUAACAGCUCGAGAUAUGGCUCAGCAGCAGAUGAUAUCGAUAGUAAAUACCCAGCAAGUGGUCGUUCUCGUUACAUGGCAUUAAAAGAACGCAGACAACGUUUAGCGAGAAGCAAAAGUAGCCAACAGUUUGGCGAUGAAGAUGAUACCGAAGAACCAGUUUCGCCAACCACCUCCAACCCUUCAGCUUAUCUAGCUUCGAAAGGAUACGGCUCUUCGUCAUCAGCUCAUGACCUCGCAAGAAGCCGUUCCUCUCACACCUUGAAAUCGAGGGAUAACUCUCCAGAUCGUUCUACAGCUUCUGCUGCAGAAAAAGAUGGAGCCGCUUUAAGUUCCUGGGCAAGAUAUCUGAAAAGCAAAUACGGUAAUCGAAGUGGUGCCAAAGACAAGGAUGUUACCUCCAGUGGGAGUACGCCUUCGGCAAGUAGCUCUGGAGCGGCAAGAAGAUUGUCAUUAGGACUGCCUUUAAGAUCUUCAACUGAAUUAGCGAGUUCUGAUGACGAUUCAAAAAACAUGCAAGGCUCCCCCACUACCCCUACAGCAGCUAUGGCAGUAGCAGGUAUCGCCCAAGCAGUGGCAGGUACCACCCCUAAAAGCCAGUAUCUCCAAAAGUGCGAGCAGCUGUUUCAAAUAGGUAGUCGGGGGAGCGAAGCCGGAUGCUUCACGUGGCCGCGUGGCGUUGCCGUCGGUCCGGACAAUACCAUCGUCGUCGCUGAUUCCUCCAAUCACAGAGUACAAGUUUUCGAUGCUAACGGACGUUUCAUCAAAGAAUUCGGUCAAUAUGGCAACAAGGAAGGAGAGUUCGAUUGUCUUGCUGGAGUUGCUGUUAAUCGUAUUGGACAAUAUAUUAUUGCUGAUAGAUAUAACCAUAGGAUACAGGUUUUUGAUCCAUCUGGAAGAUUUUUGCGAGCAUUUGGAAGCCAAGGGAGUGCGGAUGGCCGUUUCAAUUAUCCUUGGGGUAUUACUACAGAUGCACUGGGAUUUAUUUAUGUGUGCGAUAAGGAAAACCAUAGAGUUCAGGUUUUCCAAUCGGAUGGAACAUUUGUAGGAAAAUUCGGUUCAAUGGGUAACAAAGAAGGUCAACUAGAACAUCCCCAUUAUAUCGCCGUCUCAAAUACUAAUAGAGUCGUCGUUUCUGAUUCAAACAAUCACAGAAUCCAAAUAUUCGAUGUUAACGGUAAAGUUUUAACGUCAUUCGGAUCUGAAGGUUCCGAAGAAGGUCAAUUCAAAUUUCCAAGAGGAGUGGCCGUUGAUGAUCAAGGUUAUAUAUGUGUAGCCGAUUCUGGAAACAACAGAAUUCAAAUAUUCAACCCCGAUGGCAGUUUUCUAAAAGCUUUUGGUUGUUGGGGUAUUAGUAAAGGCGAGUUUAAAGGACUUGAAGGAGUAGCCAUGACAUCAAAUGGACAUAUUCUGGUGUGUGAUCGAGAAAAUCAUAGGAUACAAGUUUUUUAAAAAGAGUUUUUUUGGAUUUAACUGAUAUAACUUUUUCAAAAUAAAGUGUGUUUAACCGCCAAUAAAUCUAUUUGCAUUUC